AUGGCCCCGCCCGGGGGUCGCCGCUGUCCCCCCGCGCUGCUGGCGCUGCUGCUGGGCCUGGCCGGGAGCCGAGGAUCCCCGGAAUGCCAAAACCAAACGGUGACCCACGCUGUGACCGCGGGAGGAUCGCUGUGCCUGGCGCCGGAGAAACCCCCUCGGGAGUGGACAGAGAUGCACUGGGUGGUGGAAAUUAAUUCAGCAGAGCGGCAGCGGAUCCUGACAGUCACCGGGAAUGGAACUGUCUCCUAUCCCAGAGACCCCGUCCCGCGGCCGGAGCUGAAAUCCCAAAUCCUGCAGCGGGAUCGGGGCUGGUGCCACCUGGCCCUGCUCUGCUCCAGCCCCGCGAACGUCUCCUACCGCUGGGCCUGUGCCGGGGAUGCCCCGGGGCAGAUCCCGGGGAGCCCCUCCCGGCUGCUCCGGAGCCUCCCCGAGGGCGCGGAACCCCAAAUCUGCCUCUGCAACGUCAGCAACCCCGCGGGCUGGAACGCGGCCCGCGCCGCCCUCACCUGCCCAGGAGUUCCAGGGGAUUUCAGCCGCUGGACGCUGCUGGCCGUGGCCGUGGCCGUGGGGCUGUCCCUGCUCCUCAUGGCCUUCUGCUGCUGGAGGAAGAGGAGGGAGAAUUCCCGGGAAGGGACCCCCGGAACCCCCCCGGAGCAGGCGCUGACCGUCUACGCCGAGGUGGGAGAGAAGAAACCCUGCCAGGAGCCCGCCAGGACGGGCGAGGCCGCCCAGGAAGGAGCCACCAUCUACGCCGUGGUCACUCCCAGGACAUGGGAGCGCCCCAGGCGCCAGGAGGAACCCGGGAAUUUCACCGUUUACUCCACGGUCCAGUUCGACCGGAGGCCUUCCUCCAUCAAGAGGAAGAGGCUGAACCCAUCUUUGGUCUCCACCGCCUACUUGGAGGAUAACGGGGGCUACAGGCGCUUGGGCUCCCCAAAUCCCGCCGGCCGCCAGCGCCCCUGAACCCCGGAAUUCCCGUCCCUGUGGAAUUCUCCUCCUGGAAUCUCCAGCGGCCACCGGGAUCCAUGGAAUAGAAAUAUCCAGAAAUUCGGGGUUUUCCCCCCCCCCAAGAUUCCACCCCCAGCUGCGCCUCGGAGCGAAGAUUUGGGGAUGGAAAACUCCGGAAGGGAUGGAUUUGGGAUCGGGCAGGCGGGACGGGAAUUCUGUGGGGUUUUCAGGGUUUGGAAAUUUGGGAAUUCUUUUUUAUUUCUUUUUUUUUUCAUUUAUGCAAACACAACUGAUACAAUAUACUUGUAG